UUAAGGUGCUCGGGCGCAUUGACAAAAUUUACGUUCCGCGGAAUCUGUUAACAUGUUUUUCAUUGGAGAUAUACUAGGGUGCAUCCAGUCGCUUGCCAUGAUGUUGAGCAUAGUCAUCUCCGGGUUGCCGACUGUAAUGAAUACCACCAAUGAGAAGUUCGAGAUUGGUACGAAAUCGCCGGUAUCCGUUGGGCAUGGCGUGCCCACUGUGACAGCUAAGACAACCAAUACCAACGUUUGCGAAAGUGCGAUGUGUCGCCGGGCAGGACAGGAUUUAUUAUCCUCCCUUGAUACAAAAGUGGAUCCUUGCGAAGACUUCUUUGCCUACACAUGCAAUAACUGGAUAAAAUCGCAUCCUAUGCCAGCGGAUAAAGCCAGCGUCUCACUUAUGCAGGAAAUGGACGAUACGGCUACCGAGCAGCUUCGAGGUGUUCUGAACGAUACUGCAUCGGAAAACAUCUUUAGAUCCAAAGCUGUGGUGAAAGAUUUCUUUAAGAAGUGCGUUAACGAAGAAAGUAUUAAUGAUGAUGGCGUAAGUUUUGCACUGAAAGCUUUUACCGAAACCAUUGGCCAAUGGCCAGCGAUCAAUCCUGCGUGGAAAGAUACAACGGUGCCCAUUGCCGAUUAUCUGUUUCGGUUGUCGGCAUUGUACAAUGCGCGUCACCUGGUGCAGUUGUCUGUGGACCAUUCCCUCUCUAAUUCAUCGCAGAUGUUGAUAUUCCUGGGAGUCGAUUCCGGAUUUGAAAAGGAUAUUGUCGAUGGGCCAACUCUAGAUCUGUACGUGAACGGUACACUGGACAUGUUCAGUGGUGUUGUAGAAACGCUUUUAAAAUCCACGAACGCCUCAACAAUCCUUAAUCGAACCAGUUUGCAAAACGAUGCUGCCAGUGUCGUUGAAUGGAUGACCUUUCUGGCCAACAUUUCGCUACCGGCAGCUACUGCAAGAAAUCCAAAACAAGCGUACGCUAAUAUGACCGUAGCCCACUUCCAGUCUCGGUAUUUUUCCAAAUCCAUGCUUGCCAAGAACUUUACCACUCUACUGCAGAAUAUGAUUUCUAACAGCAACGUCACUUACCCGAUAACAUCCGAUACGGAAAUUUAUGUAACGAAUCCGGACGCAUUUAUGGCGUUGGAUAAUCGUCUUCUAAAACUGGAAAAUGAUCCGGCAGCCCGACGAGGAUUAAUGAACUUUCUCGGCUGGCGAUUGUUGGAUAUGUACAGCUAUACACUACCAUUUUUCAUCCGAAAGUUUUUCGAAGAAUACAGCCGCAAGAUCACUGGUAUGGAUGAACAGCAACCGCGCUGGAAAGACUGCAUCGGUUACGUUUCGGUUUUGUUUCCGGUACCGACCGGUGCUCUGUAUGUCGAUAAAGCGGUUUCUAAAGAAGCACGGACAUCCCUCCAGAAAAUGGUAAAAGAUUUGAAAGCGGCAAUGCGAGAGAUAAUCGGCAGCACCACCUGGAUGGGCAGCAAAACCAAGGAGCACGCUAUCGCUAAACUAGAUAAUAUUGCCGAGUUUGAACUGUAUUCCGAUUCGUUCUCGGAUCCAGCAAAACUCGAUCGCGAUUACGGCCAGGCUCAGUCCAAUGCGUCGUUAUUCGAACUUGCCCGGUUUGGAAAGAAUUUGAAUUACCUCACGGUAGUUCGUCGAUUAGAUCGUGUUCCAACAAGAUUAGAACUGAUGGAAACCGCGAUGGCUACAUCCGAAGUGAAUGCGUUUUACGAGAACAGUAUUAACGGUAUAGCGAUAUUAGCGGGAAUCUCGCAGUAUCCAUAUUUCGAUGCCGAGCUACCAGAGUAUAUCAACUAUGCCGGGAUGGGUGCUGUUGUGGGACACGAGCUAACGCAUGGAUUUGACGAUACGGGUGCAAUGUUUGACAAAGACGGCAAUCUUCGAGACUGGUGGACCGCGGCAGAUAAAGCUGAGUACGAUCGUAAAGCGACGGGUGUUGUCCAGCAGUACAAUGCGUACGAAAGCUUUGGCCUGCACGUCAAUGGAAAUCUGACACAGGGCGAAAAUAUUGCCGAUGGUGGUGGUUUCAAAGCAGCACUUCUGGCAUACCGAAAACUGGAGCGCGAUGGUGUUGCGAUGAAAGCCCUUCCCGGAUUUGAGAAUGUCCCAUUUGAGAAAAUGUUUUACUUGGCGCACGCAUACAGCUGGUGUGAACAGUAUCGUCCAGAAAUGCAGAAGAUGUUGAUUCUAACGGAUCCGCACAGUCCGGGAAAAUACCGUGUAAACGGCAUAUUGAAUAAUACGCCGGACUUUGCUCGCAUCUUUAACUGUACGAAUAAUGGUGAACGGUCACAGGCUGAUGGAGUUUGGUAACCAAGUUCUGGUUAGCCGGUGCAGUGCGCGCGCAUCGCAGUCGGACACAAAAAUACGACAUAGAUCUGACGGUUCGGGUUGCCUGAAUACUCUGUAUAGACUUGAACAUAACUAGAGAACGUUUGCGAGAGCGUGCUAUGACAAAUUUUGUACACCUCGGGAGUACGUAAUUAAUUUUAGUAAUGUACAGAGUACGUACAACAGCGGAAUUCACAGUAAUACCUUGCAAAACAAAAUUGCUCUCACAUAUGCAUCGCUUAGUGCAUGAUCAUACA